AUGUCUACAGUUAAGCUUCGUGAAACCAUUCUUGAAUGUUUAUUUGAAGCACAAUCAGGUUCAGAGGAGCUCCGGCUAGAAGCACUGCAAACCCUAGCUUCUAUUACCAGGGUGAGUCCACAAAACAGGACUUUAGUAGCUCAAUCAAAUGGAGCAAUCCCUGCCCUCCUUACCCUCUGCAAAUCCUCCUCUCCCCUCAUCCAAACUCUUUCAUUAUCUAUACUCUUUAACCUCUCUUUAAACCCGAAUCUUAAACAAUCUCUUGCAGACAUGAAAACCAUCAAUCAUCUCAACUCCAUAUUCUCCUCAACCUCCCCACCCGAGUCCACCAAGUUAGCCUCUUCCCUCAUCUGCAGCCUCGCCAUGCUGGACAAAAACAAGGCCAUGUUCGGGGUGGCCGGGACCAUCCCGUUGUUGGUCCAUGCAGUUUCAGACCCGUGUAAUCCGGCUGCCCAUUAUCUGCUUAGUUCUUUGGCCGAGCUGGUGCAGUUCCAUGGUAACUGCACCCUAGCUGUCCGGGCCGGAGCCGUCCCUGUGUUGAUCCAAGUGGUGAAAAGCACCGACGGAGAAGACCUUUCCGGGACUUCCCUAGCUGUUCUGGAACUUGUUUCUAGGUUCGAUGAAGGGUUAAAUGCUUUGAAAAAGACGGACCAUAUUGUUAGUUCGAUGGUGGAGGUGAUGAAGAGAAGGAGCAUGAUGAGCAAGGAAGGGGCGGCUGAAAUACUUGUCCGACUGUUCGAGGAAAGCGAGGCCUGCAUUGUCGAUGCUUUGAAGCUCCCGGACUUCUUAACUGUGUUAGCUGAUAUCUCGGUCAGAGGAUCCGCGAGAGCUCGAGACAAGGCUGCGCUUUUGCUGAAGAAGACCACGGAGGCUAAUUUGGAUUCCUACUCUACUGACGCAAGCCACAUGUUAUUCUGA